AGCAACGAUGCAAAACGCAUCGCUCUGCAGCUGAAAAAUCAACGACGAGACUCCAACCAUGAAAUUUGCCAGCUUGUUGACUUCUCACUGUCUACAUUAUACCGAAUUCUAUGUCGAAAUUGUGCUAUUGGAGAUGUUACAAAAAAACUUGCUAUUGGACGCGGAUGCCCACGAAAGCUUAUUCAUUCUGAUUGUCUCUACUUGCUGCGCUUGGCUCAUCACAAGCCUACCCUUUUCUUGGAUGAAUACAGCUGCCAUCUUGAAGAAUAUCGUGAUCUCCCUGUGUCUCUUGCAACCAUCCAUGCCUCAUUCAAACAUGCUGGACUCAAUGUCAAAUGGGUGCAGAAGCUUGCUUCUGAACACAAUCCCAUGGUUCGUGCAGCAUUUGUCCAUCGAAUUGGCCAGUAUCCAGCCAACUACCUGAUUUCUCUCAACAAAGUCUCAAAAGAUGACAGAACUUAUGCACAUCUUUGGGGUCGGGCA